AUGGCACCACCCAAAGAACACGAACGAAGACGGAAAUUUCAUCGCCGGAGCAAGUAUGGAUGCAUACGAUGCAAAGCGAAACAUGUGAAGUGUAAUGAACAAAAGCCAAUGUGCACCAACUGCCUCCAGACCGGGAAUCAGUGUAUAUAUCCGAUUACAGGGCAGCCCUUACGGUCAAGCCGGCCCAGCAGCGUCACCAUAGACAGCUCCAAGUGUCAAAAGGUCCUGAACGAAUCAUUAAGGACAGAUCCACGCGUCAAUGUCGAUAAAUAUGGAAGCGAAUCGUUUGAUACUCUGCCAGAGCCAUCGCGCCGUCUGUUGUGUCACUUUUCGCGAUCUACAAUACGUGGUUUGAGGUCCAUCGCCGAUCAACAGGGACAUUCGACGAUCCAGAGGUUCCAUGGGAACUUGGGGUAUAUGCAUAUAUGCGUCAUGCUCUCAGCCUGCGCAUGGGCUUGGAGUACAGGGUCAAUGGACGAAGUUCGACUUCCGUUCCUGUAUCACAAGACGGCGUCGUAUCAAUUCGCAAGACAACAAAUUUUGAUACCAGAAGCGACCGGAAGACAGAAUGUAGUUUUGGCGAUUUCUGCUCUUGCUUUAGUUGAGGCCGCGACAGGAGAGUUCGAAGCCUCAUACAGGCACCUGAAAGCCAUGGAGACGGUGGUCGAGGAAUGGAGUAAGGCGAUUGAUAAGGUGCCAAUGUUACCGCGAAUGAUGUUGAAGAUGACUAAAGAUCACAUACGGACUAGUGAGCCUGACGAGCUUCUGGAAGCAUCCCAGCCGGCUUUCAUGGCGCUCCUGUUGGUUUCGAUUUGGGACCUCACAGCAUCACCACCAAGAUGUGGUUGGUGGCAAGAAGACCUUGAAACACCGGUUGCCAAAACAUGGCAGCAGUACACAAAGAAACUUGAACUCAACUGCCAAAUCUCAAAAGGAUUGGAAGCUUGCAAGCACGAACCUCGCCUUCUAAACGGGGAUGCUGUCAGCAGCCGCAUCGGUUUCCUCGCCACGUUCCUGUACUUAUGCUCGGUAUCAGACAACAUAUUAUGCGACAUGACUCUGACCGCUUGGCUUCUCCAGCAAAUCGCAGGCGAUCAUGGUAUAGACAAGGGUCUUCUUGAAGCCAAUGAAUGCACGCAGUCAUUCUGGCUAUUUUAUGUUCUGUUCAGUGCAUCGAUCGUUUCCACCAGUCGAACCAACACCGAAGUAGAGAAAACACAGCUAACCAUAUGGCGCGAGGUCUGUAAUCAUAGGAUAAGGUUUGCUGUGGAUCAAUUAGGCGUCGAAAGCUGGAAGCACGCCCGGAUAAUGCUGGUCCGAGUAAUGGGGGGUAUAGGAGGAGACGUAGAGAAAAGCUUGGAGGAGUUGUGGAGUAAAGGAAUCUACCAACCUUGA